CGCAGUCACAAUUCACAAACGCAUUCGUAACAAUAGCAAAAUCGCAAAAUCAACACGUGGCACACAUGACCAUGGGCAGCAGCAGCGGCGCUCCGCCGUCACGGACGAUCGAGGUCACCGUUAUCUCGGCCGAGGGCCUGCUCGUCAACAGGAAACGCCCCGUCAAGAACACCGUCUCCGUCACCGUGAGGACCAGCCCGUUCCACUCCGGUUCGACCGGGGUCGACCCGGAGGGCCGGAGCUGCCCGUCGUGGAACGAGAGGCUGGUGAUGGAGCUGCCCGCCCACACGCCCUUUCUCACCGUGGAGGCGCGUGCGGGCAGCAGGGUCGUCGGCGCGGCGAGCAUUCCGGUCACGGAUUUCGCCGGCGUCCACCUCCCCGACGGCUACCUGAGCUUCGUGAGUUACCGGCUGAGGGAUGCGAGUGGGGAGAAGAAUGGGAUAGUGAAUCUCUCGGUGAGGGUGAGGGGAGGCGGGAGCUCCAGCUGCGCCGCCAGCUGUUCGAGGCCGUGGAUGGGGGUUGCGGCGGCGGAGGGCGGUGCUGUCGUUAUGGGUGUUCCUGUUUCGUAUACGUAUUGAUUCUUUCUUUAAAAAAAAAAAAUUAAAUUGUGAAUAGAAUUCGUUCUUUUAUUUAAGUAGUUGAUCGAUUAUUUUAUGAAACGGUUUCGUGAUUUGAUUUA